GAGGGCAGUCUCUCGAGUCAAAUCGGUUUUCGUUUACUUGGUCGCUCCUCCUCUCUCCAUCGUUUCUAGCAAGCUAGCUAGAUAACUAGGAGAGCUACCUUGAAGUUUGGAGACUCAAAGUGGAUAAGGGGGAAAUAGGCUGACGGAAAAUGGCAGACGUCGAGGGAGAGGGAAUUAAUUCGGUGACACCUCCUUUAGUUCAGCCAUCCUCUCCUAACGGCUCCGGUGCCAGCCCAACGCAGGGCACCGGCAGUUGCCAAACGGUGACUACCGUUACGUCAGGCCCGCGACUGGUGCGGAUAGUCAAGUCUGACUCGGGAUAUGGCUUCAAUGUCCGGGGACAGGUUAGCGAAGGAGGACAACUACGGAGCAUCAACGGGGAAUUGUAUGCCCCGCUACAGCAUGUUAGUGCUGUUUUACCGGGAGGUGCAGCGGACAGAGCCGGUAUCUCGAAAGGGGACCGGAUUCUGGAAGUUAAUAGUGUGAACGUGGAGGGGGCGACCCAUAAGCAGGUGGUGGAUCUGAUCCGUGCGGGGGAGAGGGAGCUGAUGCUGGCCGUGCUGUCUGUACCUCCCCAGGAGGCUGACUGUCUGGACCCUGGAGACGACGGCUCAGCCCAGUCCUGCUACGACUACAGCGACAAACAGGCCGUCCCCAUCUCCGUUCCCACAUACAAACACGCUGAACUCAACCAGGAGAGGUUUGUGGUGUAUAAUGUGUACAUGGCAGGCAGACAGCUGUGCUCUAAGAGGUACAGGGAGUUUGCUAUCCUCAACCAGAACCUGAAGAGAGAGUUUGCCAACUACACCUUCCCCAAAAUACCUGGCAAAUGGCCUUUUUCCCUGUCUGAACAACAACUAGAUGCUAGACGCAGGGGACUGGAGGAAUACCUGGAGAAAGUGUGUUCAGUGAGGGUGAUUGGGGAGAGUGAUGUCAUGCAGGAGUUUCUGUCUGACGAGUCUGAUGAGAACUAUAACGGCGUAUCAGAUGUGGAGUUGAGGAUAGCCAUGCCUGAUAAAACCACCGUCACAGUCCGAGUCCGCAAGAACUGUACAACUGACCAGGUCUACCAGGCUGUGGUCAUGACAGUAGGAAUGGACAGCAUAACGGCCAGCUACUUUGCUCUGUUUGAGGUCAUCAACCACUCCUUUGUGCGUAAACUGGCUCCUAAUGAGUUCCCCCACAAGCUGUAUGUUCAGAACUACACGUCUGCUGUCCCUGGGACCUGCCUCACCCUGCGCAAGUGGCUUUUCACCACCGAGGAGGAGAUCCUGCUCAAUGACAACCAACUGGCCGUCAGCUACUGCUUCCACCAGGCGGUGGAUGAUGUGAAAAGGGGAUUUAUCAAGGCAGAGGAGAAGUCCUACCAGCUACAGAAAUUAGCAGAACAGAAGAAGAUGGCCAUGUAUCUCAGUAUGUUACGGGGCAGUGAAGGCUACAAUGAGAUCAUCUUCCCACACUGCUCCUGUGACUCCCGACGCAAAGGCCACGUCGUCACAGCCAUCAGCAUACACCACUUUAAACUGCACGCCUGCACAGAGGAGGGAACGCUAGAGAACCAGGUGAUCGUGUUUGAGUGGGUGGAGAUGCAGCACUGGGACACUGAUGAGGAGGGCAUGGCCUUCUGCUUCCAGUACGCCAGGGCAGAGAAGAAACCUCGCUGGGUUAAGAUCUUUACUCCCUACUUCAACUACCUGCAUGAGUGCGUUGAGAGAGUCUUCUGUGAACUCAAGUGGAGGAAAGAGGUGGAAGAGGAGGCUGUGGAUAAGGACAAUAAGAACUGCAGUAAAGAAGGUAUGUGUAGCAAGAAUAUCUUCCAGCUGUUGAGACACAGAAGGGAUGGAGGCACCUAGGAGGAGAGAUCAUCACCUCCUAAACAUGCUCUCCUUCAUCCAUCCCUCUGGUCUGGUUCGGCCCGGAACUACCACCACUACCUGUCCUCACACAACUACUACUACUACACCAACUACAAACCAACAAACUACAACUUCUACAUGCCAAUAACAGCAACUACAGAUCAACAACCACCACACAUCAUCAAACUACAAAUGAACAACUUCUGGACUGACUGAAGGAGAAACAACGACGCACACUACAACUUAAGCUGUUAUUCACCAUGAACCCUUGAAUACAACCCAAGCACACAAUAUAAACACAAGCCAACAGGAAGCUACAGUAGAAACAUAUAGCAGGUUUGUACAGGUGAAUAAGUAACUCUAAAGACUUAGAUACAUGCCUUCAUACAUCGCAUCACCUCUUUGGUCAAAACUCCAUGGAAACCUGUGACUAUUGGCUAAGGAGGCUAACGUCUUGUGGUGGGAUUGGAUGAAGGAGAUGGUUCUCUGGGACGAUAUUGGACAAGGGAUUUGACAAUGUGCAAGGCCAUUGGGUGUUUUGUGGCCACUUUGGAGUGCUCUGGACUGGAACAGAGUGCAGUGGAAGAAGAGAACAAAAGAGGGAUAGAGAUGCUGGAACAGAACCUGUUCUAAAAGAGGAAACGGCUGUUGGUGAUGGAACAGAACCUGUUCUAAAAGAGGAAACGGCUGGUGGUGUUGGAACAGAACCUGUUCUAAAAGAGGAAACGGCUGGUGGUGUUGGAACAGAACCUGUUCUAAAAGAGGAAACGGCUGGUGGUGUUGGAACAGAACCUGUUCUAAAAGAGGAAACUGCUGGUGGUGAUGGAACAGAACCUGACCUAAAAGAGGAAACGGCUGGUGGUGAUGGAACAGAACCUGUUCUAAAAGAGGAAACGGCUAGUAAUGGUGGAACAGAACCUGUUCUAAAAGAGGAAACGGCUGGUGGUGAUGGAACAGAACCUGUUCUUAAAAGAGGAAACGACUAGUAGUGAUGGAACAGAACCUGUUCUUAAAAGAGGAAACGGCUAGUAGUGAUGGAACAGAACCUGUUCUAAAAGAGGAAACGGCUAGUAGUGAUGGAACAGAACCUGUUCUAAAAGAGGAAAUGGCUGGUGGUGAUGGAACAGAACCUGUUCUAAAAGAGGAAACGGCUAGUAAUGAUGGAACAGAACCUGUUCUAAAAGAGAAACGGCUGGUGGUGAUGGACUGAGGAGACGCAUCUGAAAAGUUAUAAAACAGGAACUGUGUGUGUGUGUGUGUGUGUGUGUGUGUGUGUCGACUGAUUAUGGACAGCUGUGAGAGUCUAGGUUGGAACCCUGGAGGUAGAAACAACCCUUCUCUCUGACUCUGAACUCAACUCCCAGAAUGAGUCUAGACAGACAGACGGAGGGAACCGGCCCCAUGAUACAAGAGACUGGACUCAUGAACCACACAGACAGAUUGACAUAUGGAUAUUAUCUCCUGUUUGUAGCCACUAUCUCCAUUUCAAAGAGAUCUACUGAAGAGACUAUUACAGAGAGAGAGAGAGAGAAACCAUACAUUUCCUUUAUUUGUGGCCGAGCAGAAACAAGGGUAGCAUGUGUGUUUCAGCUGCUGGUUCUGUUUUGGUUUACAGAUGCUGAAAUUGCCCUGAAGCCAUUUUUGAAUACACAAACCUUCUCAUAAAAAACACACACACACAGAAUGCUCAUCAUGUAGGAAUUGGAUCCCAGGAAAGUAUUCUGCCAUCUUGACAGAUACCUGAACAAGGAACAUGUUUACUUCACCUGUGUGUUUUGUGUACCUCCUAAAGACAUGAUAUAUAUCAUUUUUAAUGUGGACAUUUCAGACAUUGGACAGAAUAGCACAAAAAGAACCCUGUAAGAUGUUGACCACAUUAAGCUCAAUAUGUAUUCAUUCUAUGCUAGGGUCUCAUGAAGAUAAAUAACACUGAACUCAAAGUGCAUUUUGAUUUACAUGUUUUGUGUCUUUCUGUUCUUGAGAAAAGGUGUGAUGCUUUAGAAACACAUUGUGAUUGUCAGUCUGUAGGAUAUGUCUAUGGUGUUGGUUUAGGUGAGUCUUUGGUUCAAUUGAUAUAUUGGUCCUUGUGUAUCUGAAGAAGCUGCAGUGCUCAGAACGACCUGCAGGGGUCUCCCUCCCACUGAGAAACACUAGAUCAGUUACUAUAGAACAGGGCCGGCCCGUAUUCUAACAGAGGGCCGGUGUGGGUGCAGGCUUUUGCCCCAGCCAAGCAGUAACACGCCUGAUUCAAUAUCUGGUGGAUGUUAUCGUUGGAUGCUGAUGCAACACCACACACAUCUUUAAAUGCAGUGUUAACCUACAGCAGGGUUUCCCAGUGGUGUAGUAGGAGCUACACGGAGGUAUACACCCUAAACCCCACAGAUGUUUAAACAGAGGUGUAGUAGGAGCUACACGGAGGUAUACACCCUAAACCCCACAGAUGUUUAAACAGAGGUGUAGUAGGAGCUACACGGAGGUAUACACCCUAAACCCCACAGAUGUUUAAACAGAGGUGUAGUAGGAGCUACACGGAGGUAUACACCCUAAAGCCCACAGAGGUUUAAACAGAGGUGUAGGAGGUAUACACCCUAAACCCCACAGAGGUUUAAACAGUGGUGUAGUAGGAGCUACACAGAGGUAUACACCCUAAACCCCACAGAGG